ACUUUCGAAAUUUCACUAAAAUCAUGAGUUUUUGUAAUUUUUUUUUGAACAUCCUAAUAACUGCAUAUUGGGCUGCUAUAGUGAUAUCCCUUUACAUUAGAGUUUUAAAAAUACAAUAAAUAAUUGGAUAAGUAUAAUUUUAUUAAUCUGAGGUAACGCAACGGACACGAAAAUGACGCAUCUUACAGUCGAGUGCAGAUGAGCUGUGCGUUCGGGGAAUGGGUUGGCACUGAGCCGAGCUUCCCCCACUUAUACUCUCUACACCCACAAUGCACUGGAAGCAGCCUCAACGAUCAUGUUUUUUCAUGUUCUCUGUUACUCGGCAGUUUACGUCAGCAGAUUCGUUUAAACUUACGUGUAUUAGCUGUGAGUUGAUAGUGCAAACUGUUUUUAUAAUUUUUUGAGUGAAGUUUGAGUUUAAAUUCACGUGCGUGAUGGCUGCCAAGAAAAUAACUCGCAGUGAUUUUGAUUGCCCAUUGUUUGGCUACCCGAGAGAAUUGCCUGUGAGUAAGCUUCCAACUUUCCAAGAUGUCCUUCGGAGCUGUUUCCACGAACAGUACCUUCUAGCAUUAGAAAGUAACAAGCCUGUAAGUUUCUCUCAGAUAUCUAAUAUUGUCGCUCCAAAAGUAAAAGCCGUCUUUGACAAAGCAUCAAUACCAACAAGGACGCCCUACAGAAUUGUUCAAUUAAUAAAUUCAUAUCACGUUAGCUACAGUAAUCUAAUGAAGUCCUUUAAGCGUGACAAGGAAAAAGACAAGUACAAAGAGAAAAUUGAGGAAUUCAAACAAAAGGCUUUAUCACUCUUUGAUGUAUCUGCAUGUAAAUGUAAAAUAGCAUACUCCUGCAACUGCAAAAAGGUCCCGGAGAUCUGUGAGUGCCCUAUAUCAAUUUCAUGUAAAUGUGAAAAAUAUAAAAAAAUUCCGGUGCUUGAACUUAAGUUUAUGUAUUUCCAAAGAAAUCUUGGACAAGGAAAAAUUGGAAAUUUAGACAAGAAGGAGUCGAAAAAAAUUACCAAAAGACUGCAACGUAAAGAAAAAAAAAAUCAGGUUAUGUCGUCUAACAUCCCACUAGUUUCACAUUCGCAGCCUUCAUGCUCUAAGGAUGCAACAAAACCAAGAAUAGCUUCAGAUGGAAGCUCAAUGGAAGAGGAAGAGUCUGAUAGUUCCGGUGACAACUAUAUUCCUAUUCCGAGCAAACAACCGUGGCAAAUGCGGAUACAAUUAAAAAAUACCGCGUUGGCCAGUGACCGAUUUGGUGUUUCGGACAGGGCAACAGCUGCUAUUGCCUCCAGUGUAAUGCAUGACGUUGGUCUUGCAACGAAAGAGGAUGAUUUCCUCAUAAUUGAUAAGAAUAAGGUUAGGAGGGAAAAAAAUUUAUGCAGAUCAAAUCUCCAAGAUACGAUAAAAAAAGAACCAAACUUGAUACCAGGGCUAUACUUUGAUGGUCGAAAGGAUAAAACUUUAAAAAUUGAUAAAGUUAAUAACAAGUGUUUCAGAAGAAGUGCAAAAGAGGAACACUUUUCAAUUAUUAAAGAACCUGGCUCGAUUUAUGUUGGCCAUGUGACGCCAUCUACUGGAACUUCGAAGGACAUUGCUAGUGCUAUAUUGGACUACUUGAAUGAGUCAAAUUUUUCGCUCGAUGAGCUUGAUUGGAGUAAUUGGAUGCGAUGGUACCGUCACAAAUACAGGCUGGAAAACCGGUGUAAUUCACACAAUCGAGGAAAAAAUAAAAAGACCGCUGCAGUGGGGAGUUUGCCUUUUGCAUUUGAACGAAUUGCCGUUCAGGCACUUGUUUCAAACUUUGGACGGUGAAACGACUGGCCCAAAAUCUUUUAGUGGUCCUAUUGGCUCACAACUCAGAAAUUGUGAAAAACUUCCAGUAGUAAAAUUUCAAAUCAUUGAUUGCGAGAUUCCAGACAUCGAUAGCAAAAUCUUAAGUAAAGACCAACAAUAUCUCCUGGAUGUAAGUUUGGCUAUCAAGUCAGGCACCUGCACAAUAGACUUCGCAAUUCGUGAACCAGGUCCUAUCUCCCAUUCCCGAUGGCUGACAACAGCGAACAGAGUUCUUCGUCUUUAUAUGAGCGUUGAAAGUCCCUCUGAAGAACAUCUUAUUUUGGUACAAUUUAUACUUAAAUCUUACAUGCCUGUAUGGUUUAAGAUAAAAAAAAAAAACUUGAUAAAGGUGGUUGAUCCAGUAAUUGAAAGGAAUGCGUUUUUCGCGCAUCCAGAAAACUUGCUCCUCAGUAUGAUUGUUGAUGAAAGGGCCCAUAUCAGAGAGUUGGGGCUUAGAAGAAUCAUAAAAUCAAGGACCGUAGCUUCCAAUAAAAAGCUAGUCCGAACUUUUAAACCCCCAAAACUCAACUUCCAGGCAAACGAAUAUUAUGAAAUUAUUGAUUGGACUACUACUGCUAUUUCUCCACCACCGUUGUUGCGAAGAGUAUCUGACGAAGAAAUGUGGGCCAAAAUUUCAACUGCCAACACACCAGAAGAAUGGAAUUUCCAUAAAUUUCCGUGUCACACGCAAGCGGUGGAGCGCUGUGUGAAAUUGGUAACUGAAGCCUCCUCAAAACUCGUUGGUGCCAAGAACAGAGAUGGAUUCAUAAGAACAACGCUGCUAUCAAGAGCUUCAAUGCCAAGUUUUUCAAGCAAGCAAGAUUUUAAAGUUCCAAACAUUUAACGGACUAUUCUGUGAGUCUGGGAAUUGACAAUUCGUAAAUUUUGUAAUUUUGUAAUUAAUAAACUCAUUUGGAUAAAUGUAAAUUGCCUAUUUAUUUAUUUUUCCUACAGGUUCCAUCAACAUUAUAUUUCUAAAAAUAACACAUGAGUAGUGGGUUUAAAAAAAUUAGUUGCUGCACUACACUAUAAAAGUGGUUAGCACUCGAAAAGUGAUCAAUUAACUAUAUUGAAGGCCUUGCGCCACCUAAAAUUAAAAAA